AUGGCUGUUGACCAGACAGUGAUUGUGGUCGUUCCAUUCACAGCACUAGUUGAAGAUAUCGUGGCUCGAGGACAGGCUGCUGGGCUGCACUGUAAAGAGUGGAGCUAUAGUAAUCAUUAUAGUAGUCAAGAGUUGGUGCAGCUGCUGGUUGUCAGUGCUGACCAGGCCGUCAGUGGGCAGUUUCUCCACAAGGCUAAGGGGUACGAGUUGAAUGGGCAGCUAGCUCACAUGUUCUUUGAUGAAUGCCAUGUUGCAUUUACAGAUACAUCAUAUCGAGAGCGGCUUCGAGAGCUGUGGAAACUACGGUACUUAAAGUGUCCAUUUACAGCAUUAACAGCCACAUUGAUGGUUGAGCUAGACGAUGUAUUACGAGACAGGCUAUUAAUUGAGGAUGCAGUACUACUACGAUGGAGCACUGCACGGCCGACCAUUCGAUAUCAGGUGCAGGAUAGUAAGGAAGAAGCAGCAUCUGCGGUCGGACUUCGAUUACUAGAAAGACUACUAUACUUGCCAGAUGGGAAACGUGGAGUGGUUUAUGUACGGAGCUAUGCAACUGGCGACUUAAUCAGCAGUGCUUUAGAGUGCUCAUUUACAAGGCACGCGCAGAUGAUAAGGGCGAAACACUACAGAAGUGGGCUCAAGGAAGUGGAGGAUGGAUUGUGGCGACAGGAGCAUUAG